UCUUGGAGAAACAACAGUUCGCGCUUAGACCCCAAACCGUACACAACCAUCAAGCAGCAGUGCUGACGUGUACAGUCGAAAUAAAGGAAAAUAAUAAAUUAAGCCCAGAAGAACAAGAAGCUCGAAAAUGAGUCACAAAAUCGCCGCCGUUUUUCUUAUGAUGAGCUGCCUGAUUGCCUCAGCUUAUAGUGCAGCUAAGGUCCCUGUUGCAGUCUACUAUGAAUCUCUGUGCCCUGACAGUGCCAAGUUCAUUACGGAGCAGCUGUAUCCUGCCAUGAAGGGAGAGCUACGAGAGGUGGUGGACCUCACCUUCGUUCCUUUCGGAAAAUCUCACUUCUCUACUCAGGGCUCUGAGGUUACCUUUACCUGCCAUCACGGCCCGAAUGAGUGCUAUGGAAACAAAGUGCAUGCCUGUGCCAUUGAACACAUUCAGGCCAACUCAUAUCAGAUUGAAUUCACGCGCGAAUCCCUGACAUUGGACUUUGUCAACUGCCUGAUGAAGGCCGGAAAGAAUUUCCCCGACAAUGUGUACCCAGGUCAGCGGUGCGCCGCUGAGAACCACGUCAACAACUGGGAGAACAUCAAGAGCUGUGCCAACAGCACUGAGGGUAGUCAGUUGCUCCGUAAGGCAGGUGAAGCCACCCAACGUCUCAAGGAACCUCUGACCAGUGUUCCCACCAUCUUGUUCAACGAGCAAUUUGAAAAGAAGGUGAACGAACGCGCCCAGGUGAACUUCAUCGGCACCAUUUGCCAGUAUGUGUCCGCUCCCCAGCCAAGGAUCUGCACUGCCCACAAUGGAGCCUCCACCUCCUUUGGCCUGGCCAGCGUAAGCGCCAUUCUUAGCUCCCUAAUGGGUCUUUGGGCUCUCCGCUCCCUCUUCUAAGCUGUCAACUGUCAACCAUACCUGCUAUCUCCCACAAACUCUUCCACCUCAGACCAAUUCGCUGUGCAUUCGGGAACCUCAACAGUUUAUUCGUUUUUUUUACUUUUGAACUUUUUGUUGGUUUGCUUUUAGGCCAAUUAAAACACAAUUCGUCCAUCCAUCCAGCUCUUAAAAGUGCAUUACAGAUCUAAUUAUAUUGCAAGAGCUGGUAUUAUUUUAAAUACAAAAUAAACAAUAGAAACUUAAGAAUAUCA